AUGUGUGAAAACGAGCUGUCUGAAACUCAACAUGAAAGAAUUAUCAGUGCAUAUCUGAGUGGUACUAAGCAAAUGAUUAUUUUAACUCAGCUUGGUAUUUUCAUUAGCACUGUCAAAGAUACUAUAAAAAGAUACAAAGAAACAGGUUUUGCAAUACCUGAGAAGCAUCCUGGUCAUCCUAAAAUACUUAAUCAACGUGAUAAACAGACCCUACAACGUAUUGUUCAAAAUAAUCAUUUUGCUUCUCUUAGUGAUAUAACAAGCAGAUUAAACUCUAGUCUUGAUACCACAUUACAUAAUAAUACUGUUAGAAAUACCUUCAUGAUGAAGGCCUUGGUAGUUAUGUCGCUCAUUUGCUUUUUUGAAUCAGAUGAAAGAAUAAGAACUUGGAGAAGUCCUGGAGAAGCUUAUAAUAAAAAUUGUAUCUUACCUACAGUUAAAUUUAGUGGUGGUUCAGUGAUGUUUUGGGAUUAUUUUG